CAGUGUCCCGCACACCGGCGGCUUAUGAAGGCUUCACCGGUUUAACCUCAAUCGUGUUUAGACCAUGUUUAGACGAAUCGCAGGGGAAAGGGCUAUUGUUUCAGUUAACGUUAGAUGAUUAUGUAGAAGUCGAAAUAUGCUACUCGCACAGCGGGAGUUAGUGGAAAAACAGCCGACAUAUUUAUUCACAGAGAUGACAGCGCGCGCUGGUUUAUUACUGUGCUAAUCGUGUCAUUGGAGAUUCCUCGUUUUCAUUUUACACGCAUUGAAAGGGUAAGCUGUGUUUUUGAUGGCCGUGUCAGGAGGCGCCCGGCGGAUCCCUAUGGGUGUGCGGACAUUCAGUGAGUUUCUGGAAAUAGCGACGGUCGGUCCGUGUCGCUCCAGCAGAGAGAGAAUACAGCACUGGCCCGUCAGACACCUGUCCUCCUGUGGGAUCUUGAUGACCCGUCAUCCUCCUGCUUUCUGUCUCUCUGAAGUGGGUUUGACUCCCACUCAUCAUCACAGGAGAUCUUUCAUCAGCCUCACCAAUAAGAGAAAAGAGUAUUCAGAGAGGAGAAUACUAGGGUACUCGAUGCAAGAGAUGUAUGAUGUGGUAGCCAAUGUGGAUGACUACAAACACUUUGUACCAUGGUGUAAAAAGUCGCAAACCAUCAUGAAAAGGGCCGGUCAUGCCAAAGCUCAGCUGGAAGUGGGCUUCCCUCCUGUUGUGGAGCGAUACACUUCAAUGAUAAGCCACGUCCGUCCACAUCUGGUCAAAGCAGUGUGUUCGGACGGUAAACUCUUCAAUCAUUUAGAGACAAUAUGGCGCUUUAGUCCCGGUAUUCCUGGCUAUCCUCGCACAUGCACUGUAGACUUCUCUAUCUCGUUCGAGUUCCGCUCAUUGCUACAUUCGCAGUUAUCGACGGUGUUUUUCGACCAGGUGGUUAAGCAGAUGGUGGCCGCGUUUGAGCGGCGAGCGGCGAAACUGUUUGGACCCGAGACGAGAAUACCCCGCGAGCUCAUGUUUCACAAGGUCCAUCAAACGUGA